GUGUGGUAGCCGCCGUAGGUCCUGUGGGGCAGGCCCUGGCCUUGUCAUGCGUGUUGGGUCGUAACAUCAGCUCCUCCUCUCAAAGGUCUAGUCCUCUAGGCCUAUAAGUAGGUCCCUUGUUCCCAGGUUGGGGAAUCAUCAAGCUUGCCUUUCUAGCGCAAUGUGCUGACACGAUGUCAGGUCGUGUUGAAAAACGUUCUUUGAAAAACACUAUCUCGAAACUUCGGUCGGCUUGUGACGACGUGUUUGAUCGUUUUGGUUCUAGCGACGUUAUGCCCUGCACUCGGUGUUUUCGCGCCAAACGUCCAUGUCGGAUGGCUGAUGGCGCCAAAACGUGCCAAGGCUGCAAAAACCUGAAGCGUUCUUGCGAUGGUCUCGUUGUGGCAUCGAGUCUGCAACGGCUGAGUGACCAGCGUCAAGAAUGGGAAGAGAAGGAGGAGCAGGCUAGCGACGCCUUGCUCGAUCUUCAUGAAAAACUGGCUCGGAUACAGUCAGAGGUUGCUGAGGCAGCGGGCCGUCUUGCUCGUAUCCGGGCGAUCCGAAAGAAAGUGAAGGAGAGGCAUGUGGAAACUUUUGCUCGUGGUAUGCAGGAGUUGGAAGAAGAGGAUGGUGUUCUUCCUGCGCUGGAUGCUCACGAGCGGUGGGUCGUGAGCGAUCUCCAGGCUGCUGGCGUUUCUAAUGAUGCCGACUGGCCUUCUUUCGGGAUUGGCGACGAGUUCGCGUCCCUGGGGCCGUUGGUGUCGUCUUCUGGUAAUCCUCGAGAAGCUGUCGAGAGUUCUGGAGGUUCGUGACGGGUUCCCAUGUGUUUUCCUCGUGUCCGUAGUUUUUCCAUUUGAUUAAGAAUUCUUUUGUUUCGUUCCUGACUCUAUGGUCGAUGAUUUUUUCGACUUCGUAUUCUGGUUCAUUGGGUUCCACGAUGAUGCAAUCUUCUGUGUGUGAGCCCUUAGGUGCUGGUUCGAGAAGUGAAAUGUGAAAGACUGGAUGACACUUCAUCGUGUCUGGUAGUCUCAACUUGUAGUUGACGUUUGAGACUUUCUGAAUGAUUUCGAAAGGUCCGAGCUUUUUGUAGUCCAGUUUGUCGCUUGGUCGUUUUGUUUUGAUGUUGCGGCGAAGGAGGUAGGCGCUAUCUCCCUCUUCCAAGGUUGGUCCUCCAAUCCUUGAUCUAUUCGCGUUUUUCUUCAUGCGUUGACGUACAAACUCGAGAUCCAAAGAUGCUUUCUUCUGGAUUUCUUUGAGUUUUGCCACGCUGGCCACUGCUUUAACAGCUUGUGGUCCUUGUCGUGCUUCUCCGUACACUGUUGGCUGAUAUCCGUAGUUCAAGUAGAACGGGGAUUCUCUUGUGCUUUCGCCAACUGCGCUGUUGUAUGCGAAUUGGGCCAUUGGUAACAAUGUUACCCAGUUGUUCUGAUCGUAGUUCACAUAACAACGGAGGUAUGUCUCGAGAAUCUGGUUGAUUCUUUCUGUCUGUCCAUCGGUCUGCGGGUGGAAAGAGGUUGACAGUUUGUGAUCUGUACCAAGUUGCGAGAUCAGGGAUCUCCAAAACUUUGAAGUAAACAGAGAGCCUCUGUCAGAGAUAAUUUCCUUCGGCGUACCGUGGUUGGCAACAACGAUUUUGAGGAACGUGUACGCUAACUCCUCUGCGCUGCUGGCCUCUUUGUAAGGUAUAAAGUGGGCGAACUUGGUGAGUCGAUCGACUAUAACCAAGAUGCUGUCGUACCAUACGUUCGUGAGUGGUUCUUUGGACUUUGGUAGUUUGACGAUAAAGUCCCAUGAGAUUGAUUGCCAUGCUUCCGUUGGUGGUUGCAAUGGUUGCAGCUCGCCAUAGGGCUUGUGCGGGCUGUUCUUGCUUUUCUUGCAGGUCGCACAGUCCUUAAUUGCUUCCGCAAUUUCUGCGCGUGUGGCGGAUUUGUCGUAGUGCUGGCGAAUCCGUUUCCACGUUUUGGUAACUCCUUGGUGACCGUGUGCAGGUGCACUGUGAAUUUCCAUGAUGAGCUCAGGGGUCAUCCUUCCAGUCGGGCUGGUACUGAUCCUUCUGGCUAUCAUAA